AGAGAGAGAAAGAAAGAAAGAAAGAGAGGAGAGGAGAGGAGAGGAAGCAGAGAGUGUGAAUUGAAAUCAAGGGCCACAGUGGGGGAAUGUAAAGGCCCUGUUUUGCCAAGUUUGGGAAGAGAGUAAGCUGUCACCUGGGAAAGGGAAGACCAGCCGAGGUAAAUUAACUGGCAGGGAGCAACAGAAAGUGGAGGCAUUGACUCUUGAGCAUGGCUCUUUAGUGCUGCUGGAGCUUUCCCAUUUGGAAACCCUGAGGUUUCCACUUUUCGUCCUGCGCAUGCAUGGAAUUUAUGAUGUCAUCCAACAUGGAGGAGGGUCCAGAUAGAAAAUAUAGCUCCUGCAGAAGUAACGGCUACCUCAAAAUGCUCAUGCUUGAUCAUAGCCCCACUAAGCAAGACCCGAUGGAAUCUAGUUCAAUGUUUCUUACCGCUGCACCAAAUGAAAUAAAAGCAUCAUUCUUUGAGGAACCUCAACAAUUUCCCCCGUGCCAUAAGCUGUUUAUUUCAGACGGUGACAAAUUUUUCUCCUAUUCCCCAUUUCAACAAGGAUACAUGGUGCAAAUAAAGAAUGAGAUGAAGCCCAACAGUAAAUGUAACGUAAUUUAUCCGCCACAUCACGGAUGCCAGAAUGGACUUUAUCAAUCACAUGAAACCAACGGAAGCCAAAUGGAGCCAGUAGACCUCUCAUUGAACAAAAGGCACUCUCCACAUAUAUCGAGUUCCCCCUCUUCCUCCUACUCGUUGACUAUGUUAACCUCAGUGUUGAAUCGGUCAGGCUCGCCCAACAAAAGGUCACCUCAGCCUCCCAUCAGCAUGCCGUUGAGCAUUCCCUCGAUGCUCAACAAUCCACUCAUGUCCCAUUCACCCAUCUCGGGCUCCGGCUUGUACUCAGUUAUUCAUCCAGUGGUAGUGCAGCCUGUUGUGUACUCACAGCCCAUCAUGGUUCCCACUAUGAUGAAGGAUGAACUUCAAACUAUUCAGUCCGUUCCCCCUAUGCCACAUAACAUUUCAGGCGGGCGACCUAUUCAUAGGCAACAUCCAAUGGCAGUGUGCAGCCAGUCACGAAGAAGCUCGUUGAUUAAAUCUGGUGAGCCACAUCCGAUGCUGUUAAAACCAGUAAAGUGUGAGCAAAACAUGGACCCGUCAGACCAUUGCACAAAUGAAGUGUCCUCAUCAGUUAUCAGCUCCAUAAAGUCUAUAAUGGCACAUGAAUUCAACACUGCUUCAGUUAUUAGGCAUACUUUACCCAGGCCCCAACCUGUUGAAUCCCCAGACACUCAGAAGAAGCGUCGCAUACACAGGUGUGACUUUGAGGGGUGUAACAAAGUGUACACAAAGAGCUCACACCUCAAAGCACACAGAAGGACACACACAGGUGAGAAGCCCUACAAAUGCACCUGGGAAGGUUGCACAUGGAAGUUUGCUCGCUCAGAUGAGUUAACCAGGCACUACCGCAAGCACACUGGAAUCAAGCCUUUUCAGUGCCCUGACUGUGACCGCAGUUUCUCUCGCUCUGAUCACCUUGCCCUCCACAGAAAGCGUCACAUGUUGGUCUGAGUUUCGAUCCUCUCCUUUUCUAACUUGCGAUAUUAACUGGACAAAAUGCAAACAAAGCAAAUAUAUUAACCAAGAUUCAAGAUUCAGCUGGGCCGAAUCCUUCAUAAUUGAACAGUUUCACUUGAUCAGUACCUGAUGCGCAAAAAAAUGCUCAGUCUUGUUGUUCCAGGCAGGGGUCAGAUUUAACAAUGUGAAUGUUUUAAUGUUGAUGCAUAGCAUUUCCUACUGAGUACACAAGGCUGGGCAAUUUUACCUUGUAUCAAACCACAUCUUUUGUGCAGUUUUUAUUGUUUGGUGAAAUUUAAGAUUCUGCUGUUGAUUAACCCUUGAUUGAUGAAUUAUCAAUUUAGCCAUAAUUAAAAACUUAGUUACCUGUUAAGCAUUUUUCAUCUUGCCAGAGAGAUUCUCUCAUCAGUGCAGUAUGUUUUGAAUGUCAUUUUCUUCACCAAAAACAGCAAACCUCAUAUACAACAUGAAUUUUCGUCAAGAGAUUUGUGGAUGUUUUAGUCUUUGUGUCAGAGAAAGAUCUCUUAAGUUGCAACAAAGACUGAGUGAUGGCUUUAUUGUGAGGCUACAUGAGCAAACAGCUGAAGACAGGAGAGGGCACAGCAUACCAUGCAAUUGGAGGAUGCUACUCAUUUUGACUGUUGUUUGUAGACGCAUUUCAAGAUUACAGUCAUCUCCUGCUUCCAUGGACUGUCCUUCAGUAAUGUUACUGUUAGAGCUUAUUUCUGAAAUAGCAUGGCAAUAUCAUGAGCUUCAAUGUUAAUUUCAAACAGAGCAAUAACGGUUGCUCUUCAUAUUGAAGGCAUGGUUUGCAAAUACAGUGGAACCUCAUUGACGUACAAACUCUAAGCAUAAACAAACUCUUAUUUAAGCACAGACCUGUUGGUAAUCAAACUAGUUUCAUCUAUCCCCAGUGGAAACUCCAUUAAAGUCAGUAGGGAUACUCCCAUCUGAAUAAAGAAAAAAAUUAAAAAAGGGCGAUAGUAUCUGGUCCCACGAGUCUGUAAUAAUGAGGUUUGACUGUAUGUUCUUUGUCUCCGGUUGUGCAGCAGUCUUUAUCAUCGUUGUCUGUUCCUAUCAUUUAGAACUUGUUACCCAACUUAAGACAAAUGAAAAAUCAGAAAACCAGGAUUUUCCAGAUAAAAUAUUAUAAUUUGCUAGAAUUUACAAACUUGCAAAUAUUUGUUGAGUUUUUAAACAAAAUCGUUGAAACAAACGUUCAGUGAGGACUUACUUUAGUGACAUUCAAUCUGUUAGCCGGAUAAAGUAGUAAUCCUGCUUUGAUAAACUCCCACUCUGGAAAACAGGAGUCCUGUAGCUCAGUGGUUAGAGCACUCGCCUUGCAAGCGAGAGACCUGGGUUCGAUUCCCGGCAGAGCGAAACCUUGGGCAAGUUUCCUUACUCCACACACCUGAUAAAUAAUCCUUCAAAAAAUAAUAAAAUUGGUCACUUCAAUCUGCGACUGUUUGUGGGACACUGCGGUGCGCAAUUGGCUGUUGUGUUUCACCCACACAUAUAAUCAAUUCACUUUACAGUUUAUUCUGUGAAGCGCUUUGAGAUGUCUAGAAGACGUGAAAAAGCACUAUAUCAAAUGCAAGGAUUAUUAUUAUUAACUUUAAAAAGGUUGGGAAUCAACUAAGAAUUGAUAGGAAUGAAUAAUAUGUACCUGUAAGAACAAAUGUUGUGUUGGACAUUUCUAGCACAUAACGUACUCUUCCAAAUGAGGCACUUUAUGAAAGCUUGUUUCAAUUUAUUGCACCAAUCAUUUUUUAUUCUAAUGAUGUAGGGUGGGGUCAAUUGUAUUGAGCUGCUCUGAAAAUGACAUCAGUCUCAUUGAACCCUAUGUAUAAAUACUAUUUUCCUAUCGGUUGCUUGCCUACAGUUGCGACUCCUGUGAUUGCUGAGCGUGUAAGUGAUGGAAAUAUGCUUCCUGUGUGCCAUUAACACAAAUGUUUUGGUUAUCAUUACAUUUGCAGUCCUAUAAAAUAA